UUAUAGUAAAAGUUAAACACGGCAUUCCCGGAUAUCAAUUCUGGACUUAUUCUGUCCUUCUCCGAGCCCCAAAUUCUCCGCUCUAGGGUUUCCGAACACCACUAUGGCUAUGCAUACUGGAAUAGGGGUUUCGAAGAUCCUGAUUCUUGUUGGAGCUGGCUACACUAGUACGAUCUUGCUUAAGAAUGGUAAAUUGUCGGAUGUGUUGGGUGAACUUCAGUCCUUGGUGAAGGGCUUAGAGAAGUCUGGGGAACAUUCGGAAGGUGAUUCUGACUAUGCUGAUGCCAUUGCUGCUCAGGUGCGUCGAUUAGCUAUGGAGGUUCGACAGCUCUCCUCUUCACGUCAAAUCACUAUUCUCAAUGGAAGCUCUGGAAGUAUUGGUAGUUUAUCAUCUCUCGUAGUUCCAGCUGCUACUUUGGGUGCUUUGGGAUAUGGAUACAUGUGGUGGAAGGGAUUUUCAUUCUCAGACCUUAUGUAUGUUACAAAGCGCAAUAUGGCCAAUGCUGUCUCAAACUUAACUAAACAUCUGGAGCAUGUAUCGGAGGCCCUUGCUGCAACAAAGAGGCAUUUGACACAGCGGAUUGAGAACUUAGAUGACAAGGUUUUGAAGCAGAAUGAACUAUCAAAAUUGAUUAAAGAAGAUGUAGCGGGAGUUCAAAAAUCUCUUUCUGGCAUUGACUUUGACUUGGGCCAGUUGCAAAACAUGGUUUCUGGUUUGGACGGGAAACUAUCUUCUCUUGAAUAUAAGCAGGAACUUGCAAAUGUUGGUGUAUUGUACUUGUGCAACUUUGUUGAUGGAAAGCAAGCGAAAAUGCCUGAAGAUCUCAAGAACCAGCUUAAACUUCCAGGUAAAACUCAGGGUCUGCUGACGCAUCUGGAGACUCCUAAUCUAAAGGGUCUUAAAGAACUUACCGAUACACUCUCACGAGAUUUUACAGAAGACCAACCAAGAGCCCUGCUCAGGGCCUCAUCAGCUAGAUGUUAAUGGGUAGUGAGACAUUGUCUGCGGUGCACCCUGACCCUCCCGUGUUGAUUCUACCAUCAUCUACAUAUUUGUUCAAGUUGUGUAUAUCUUACACAUAUUCCAAGGAGACGUUCUUUUAACGUUCUCCUGAAUGAUAUUACUCUAUUUUUCUUCAAAUUUCUGAGUAGUUUAAGUUGGCAGUGAUUAAAAUGGCUUGCAAUGAUAGGACGUUUUGCUGUGUGAUAUUACUUCUUCACACGAAUAAACUCUAUUGAGAGAUUCAAUAACUAUACUUCCAGAUUCUAAAAAAUCAAUGAUAUGUAAGGGUCGUGGAACAAGAUUUUGCCCUGUAAAUUCACUUC